CUUGCUGAAAAAGCGAUGGGGUGGAGGGGACACGGGGAGACGCUAACAGGAGGGAGGGGACCUCCCAGUCGCACGAUUGGCAGCGACGCCCCCCCCCCCCCGCCCCAUAUCCCGCCCCCGCCCCGCCCCCGCCACCAUCUGCUCGGGAUUUGCUAUCCCGAGACUCCAGGCUCGGGGGCUCGGGCUCCAGGGGCAGCCGAUCGGGUCUGUUCAGGGCCCUGGAGCUGCGGUAGAAUCCGACGCCCUUCCAACCUGCUGCGCCUCCUGCAGCGACUCCCUGCGUUCCCGCGUCCCAGCCCGGGGCUGGGCGCUGAUGGAACCGCGGCGAUGUUCACUCUGGCCAGGCUGCUGGAUUUCCAGAAAACCAAAUACGCAAGGUUUAUGAAUGACCGAGUCCCGGCACACAAGAGGUACCAGCCCACAGAGUAUGAACACGCAGCCAACUGUGCUACCCAUGCUUUCUGGAUCAUUCCCAGCAUCCUUGGCAGCUCCAACCUCUACUUCCUGUCGGACGAUGACUGGGAAACCAUAUCUGCCUGGAUCUACGGCCUUGGCCUCUGUGGCCUCUUUGUAGUAUCCACCAUUUUCCACACAGUCUCCUGGAAGAAGAGCCACCUCAGGAUGGUAGAACACUGCCUGCACAUGAUCGACCGGAUGGUCAUUUACUUCUUCAUCGCGGCUUCCUAUGCUCCUUGGCUGAACCUCCGGGAGCUGGGCCCCUGGGCCUCCCACAUGCGCUGGCUGGUCUGGAUCAUGGCCUCCACUGGUACUAUCUAUGUCUUUUUCUUCCAUGAACGGUACAAGCUUGUGGAGCUGCUCUGCUAUGUGGUGAUGGGAUUUUUCCCUGCCUUGGUCAUCCUCUCCAUGCCCAACACUGAGGGCAUCUGGGAGCUGAUGACAGGAGGGGUCUUCUACUGCUUGGGUAUGGUGUUCUUCAAGAGUGACGGGAGGAUUCCCUUUGCCCAUGCCAUCUGGCACCUCUUUGUGGCAUUUGGUGCUGGUACCCACUACUAUGCCAUCUGGAGGUACCUCUACCUGCCCAGCACACUGCAGACCAAGGUGUCCAAAUGAAAUGACCCAGACUCCAUGGGUCAUUUAGACUUUGGGAUCAAAGCAUCUUGGGAAGUGAACUGAGAACUCUAACCCAGAGCAUAGUGCCAAGGUCUGCCUGCCUUUUCCUGGAUGGAAUUCUUUAAGGGUCUAAGGUCCCUUUCACUGACAGCCAGACCACCUUUUGAGUCUCCAGCAAGGAAGAAAACAUUUAGUCGUCUCUAUGGAGAAGAAAUUAAUUCAGUACUGUAUUUCUACUUUAGACAAAUGACUUUUUUUUUUUUUUACUAUAACCAAUAUUAACAUCUUCAGAAAAGGGCAAAAUUGGGAAUGAGCAUUUGAGAAGCAAUUUUUAAGGUCCUGAGAAUCUCCCUUUCUGCUGCAGGGGAAAACCACCUAGCAUUAUAGAUGACAGAUGGGGAAUAUCCCUGACCAUUUCGGACAUCACCAAUCAAUUGCAGAAUUUGCAUAGUGGUAGGUAGAAUUCAACAUAGUGCCCCAUGCAGACAUUACUAAUUGAUUCUGUGCUCAUGAUGGAACUUCUUGGCUGGCCUGGUAUGUUAAGAGACAAGAUCACAGCAGAGCCAUUAGAAACCACUGUAUGGAGGAGCAUGCUUAUCUCUGGACACAAUUACCUUCUAUUCCCUCCUGCCCACCUUCAAGGAAACAUUGGUGUGGGAUGUUUGGAGGCAGUGCAGGGAAACCAAGGCAUACAUUCCAAGCAGCUGCUGACACUCCGGUCCACCAUGGCUGGUCCUUGGUACUGGAGGAACUGAGAGCUGGGAUGAGGAUGCUGCUACUUAGCUAUUUCUUCUCAUCUCACAGAAUCCAGAGAAAUGAUGAAGCUGCAUUCAGCAGGUUUUUUCCCCCCUUGGUUUUCUGAGAUGGCUUCCAGAGGUCCCUCUGAUGGGCCCACGAGCAGGGUCUUCAACUAUCAGAAUUAUGGAAUGUCUACAUCCCCAACCUCUGAGGUGACAUGUCAGCUAAGAACAUGGCUGUCAGGGGCCUAUCCUCAGCCACCUCUACUCCUGGGCUAGCCUUGUCAUAAGAUGCCACCUGGACACUGGCUGAGUUUUGGAGCUGCGGGCCAUGCUCCUGACCUGAGCUGACAACUCAGAAUCUCUGGAAGAGGCUACUGGAAAUCCAAGGUCUUAUUCAACAACUUCCGGCCAGAUGGGUGUGGGCGAGGGUGGGCCUAGACAGGGUGCCUUAUACUUUGUUCUAGCACAUUCCAAGGUAUUUCAGGGCUUCCUCACCUGGAAUCCCAUAUGUCAAAGCCAGUAUUAAAUCAAGUUUAUGCAUUCCUCAGAAA